AUGGCGACCGGUAUCGAAAUCGCUGGCCUCGUCUUGGGAUCUCUGCCGUUGCUGCUUGCAGGAUUAGAGUUCUACGGAAAAGGUAUCGCUGUGACGAAACGAUAUUGGAGGUACGGCAGAGAGGUCGAGAUGCUGGUUGGCGAGUUGAGGGGCGAAACUGCUGUGUACCAAAACAGCAUCGAAUCACUGGUCUUGGGCGUUGUCGAUGCGAGAGACGUGGCGGAGUUCCUGGCAGACCCUGGUGGCGAACUUUGGGCAAAGGUGAGCUUCGAGCGGAAGCUAAGAAAACGUCUUGGCGCAAGCUACAGUCCUUAUCUGGAUACUAUCCUCAGAUUGAGGGCUGCGGUCGAAAAAUUCAAAGAAAGAUUGAGGCUUGGAAGCUCAGGUCAACCUCAAUUUUCAGACGAAAAUACCUUCAAAGAGAACUACAAACGCCUCAAGUUCAGUCUUAGUAAAGCAGACUACAAUGAUCUGAUGACUACAAUUCGUCAAGCAAAUACGGUUCUGAAUCGCUUGACUGUUCAGAGACAAAACAUCGAGGCUCAGCAGCGCGUUGACCGCUCGUCAAUUCCCAAUUUCCAGAUCAUCAACGAACGGGCCCAAGGCUUCUAUUCAGCCAUAAACUCAGGAUGGACUUGUCUUUGCCAAGCAGAUCAUGCUAUCAGUUUACGUUUGGAACCUCGAAUGGUGGAUGUGUCAAGCGAUGAUGACGAAGAAGAAGACGAAGAAGACGAGGCUCCAAUGCGCGACCCAUUCCACGUCCUCUUUCAGUACGGACCCACUCAAUCCAUCGUGAAUAGUGUCAAGUUAAACCCAUGGACAUGGGACGAAGCAGAUAUCCACGUUACCUGUGAAAGUGUAACAUCCAUACCCAAAGGCACAGUGUGUGCUGUUCAAAAUGGCAAAGGUGUACGGUUUGUGUCGCACGCCAAACGAGCUGUCAAAGCUGCAUUGGAACCAGAGCCCAAUCUGCAGCCUAUCAAAGACUUGUGCUCAGCUAUUUGUACACUUCAGAAACCUCAUCGCGAUGUUUGUCUGACGCUACUCGAGAAUGAGAUAGUAAAACAAAGAUACGGGCUGAAGAUAUAUCCAACCAGGACGCUGCCAUCCGAUACCGAACAAUGGACGGUCUCCACAUUGCGAAGCGCUCUGCAGCGUAAGCGCCGCUUUCCCAAUCGCGAACGUGUACGUUUAGCUAUCAUUCUGGCCUCAAGUGUCUUGCAACUUCACGAGACACCCUGGCUUGAAAACAACUGGGGGCUUGACAACAUAUACUUUGUUGAACGUCCUGGCUUUCCUUUGUAUGAUCAGCCGUUUGUAUCCCCUGGGCUUGAUACAAAUGUCUCUUCUCAAACGAACACUAUCCCAAAGCAACUAGGACGGAUAAUCCAGAAUCAACCACUGUUUGCGCUAGGAGUUGCUUUGAUCGAACUGUGGUACGGCGAGACGCUGUCUGACCUCCACGAAGAUGAGGAUGGGCCGCGAGAUCCCGCCGAUCUGCAGGGUAGCUUCCUCACAAGACUCAACACAGCAUACAGGUUGGCUGAUGAGCUUGCCGAUGACGCUGGCGCGAAGUAUAGUGAUGCUGUCAGAAGGUGUAUACGCUGUGAUUUUAGUCUUCGCGCGAAUAGUCUCGAGGAUGUACAACUGCAGAAAGCUGUGUUUCAAGGGGUUGUUACUCAACUCAAGGCUACACAUGACUUCAUGUGUUGA